AUGCAGUACAAAGCUGGACAGUGGCUCUUNUUGAAAUGCCCAGAAGUGUCNAAAAACCAAUGGCAUCCCUUCACCAUCACAUCUUGCCCUUUCGACCCUUAUAUUAGCGUCCACGUCCGCCAAGUUGGAGACUUUACCAGAUCGCUUGCGAACGCUCUAGGCGCUGGACCAGAGCAGGCAGCCUUAUAUGGAGAACUGGAUCCUAUGGGAAUGUACGAAGUAGCUCUACAGCAAGGACAGGAGAUGCCAACACUUUGCAUCGAUGGGCCUUAUGGCGCACCUGCUGAAGAUGUUUUUAAUCACGAAAUUGCUAUUCUCGUUGGUACUGGUAUCGGCGUCACGCCAUGGGCUUCGAUCCUGAAGAACAUAUGGCACAUGCGACUAUCGCCGAACCCUCCCAAGCGACUGAAGAGAGUCGAAUUCAUCUGGGUGUGCAAAACAACAACAUCUUUCGAAUGGUUCCAAGCAUUGUUGUCGUCUCUAGAGAUGCAGUCACUAUCCAUGUCUUCACCAUUGGACGAAAACAAGCCCACCGAGGAGAGAGACGAGUUUCUAAAGAUACACACGUAUCUGACGCAGAAGAUGGACGUGGAUCAAGCCAAUAACAUUGUGUUGAACAGCGUUGGCACCACCAAAGAUCCGUUGACAGAACUCAACUCCAGGACGAAUUUCGGCAGACCCGACUUUAGUAGGUUAUUGGGUGCAAUGAGAGACUCAAUCGAGGGUGGGACGUAUAUCAGCGGGCUGGAGUCUAGAAGAGCCGAGGUCGGAGUGUAUUUCUGUGGACCAAACAUGGCAGCGAGAGGGAUCAGGAAGGCGUGCCAGGACGAGUCUAGUCACGAUGUCAAGUUCCGGUUCUGGAAAGAGUAUUUCUAG